GACGAUUUUCCCGCUCCGUCGACACAAACCUCCUCCGUCUUUCGUAAAAGGUUCUCGAGAUCUAAGUCUCACUUCUAAAGCUCUGACAAUGGCGGACGAAAUCGGAUUCUUCCAACUCAACACCGGAGCAAAGAUCCCAUCGGUUGGUCUCGGGACAUGGCAAGCUGCUCCUGGCGUCGUUGGAGACGCCGUCGCCGCCGCUGUGAAGAUUGGAUAUCAGCAUAUUGAUUGUGCUUCAAGAUAUGGCAAUGAAAUUGAGAUUGGGAAAGUUCUGAAGAAGUUGUUUGAUGAUGGCGUAGUGAAGCGUGAGAAGCUGUUCAUCACAUCAAAAAUCUGGUUGACUGAUCUUGACCCUCCGGAUGUACAGGACGCAUUGAACAGAACUCUUCAGGAUCUGCAGCUUGAUUAUGUUGAUUUGUAUCUCAUGCACUGGCCUGUUCGGUUGAAGAAAGGUACUGUUGACUUUAAGCCUGAGAACAUUAUGCCUAUCGAUAUUCCGAGCACAUGGAAAGCAAUGGAAGCACUGGUUGAUUCAGGCAAGGCAAGAGCCAUUGGCGUAAGUAAUUUCUCUACAAAGAAACUCUCAGAUCUUGUGGAGGCUGCUCGUGUUCCUCCCGCUGUAAACCAGGUGGAAUGUCAUCCUUCAUGGCAACAACAUAAGCUACAUGAGUUUUGCAAGUCCAAAGGGAUCCACCUCUCAGGAUAUUCGCCAUUGGGAUCUCCUGGAACAACGUGGGUGAAGGCCGAUGUUUUAAAGAGUCCGGUUAUUGAAAUGAUUGCUAAAGAAAUCGGGAAGUCUCCCGCACAAACCGCGCUUCGAUGGGGACUUCAAAUGGGUCAUAGUAUACUUCCCAAAAGCACAAAUGAAGGAAGAAUCAGAGAGAACUUUGAUGUCUUGGGAUGGUCUAUUCCAAAAGAAAUGUUUGACAAGUUUUCCAAGAUAGAGCAGGUAAGUGAAACAAUAAACCACAUUUCUGCAAAUUUCGUAUCUGUGAGUAGUCUUAACUGUAACCUCUUGUAUUUUGGAUUUUGAAUCAUCUCUGUGCAGGCUAGGUUAGUCCAAGGCACGUCGUUUGUUCAUGAGACGUUGAGUCCUUAUAAAACACUUGAAGAGCUUUGGGAUGGUGAGAUCUGAAUCAAAAGAUGUCUUUUGUUGAAUUUUAAAGUUGAAAAAGAACAAAGUUCCACUGCUUUAAGCUUUGAUCGAGAAUGUGUAAACGAUUCAAUUUUCAAUAAAAGUAGGAUUUUGCAGACA